AAUUGGGUUUCAUACUUUUACUGAAGUAUGUGUAUUCUGAGAAUUGUCUGUAAAAGGAUUAGUUGUCACGUAUUCUGGGCACCAUUGCAAGGCUGGUCCUGUGCCGUUCAGUUUUCAGCUCCAGUGUGGUGACUGCACGUGAUGGUGCUGCCAGCAUUGUAGUUAGCUUGACAGAGACAGACUAGCUCAACAGUGAUGGUUUGAUAGAUCAAAAAUGUCUGAUUGUAAGAAAACUGGGGUCGUUUGAGUAGCUCAGUGGUUAAACUGAAAGUGUAAUGUAAUAGGUUUGUGGGGGGAAAAAAAACAACCGAAGAACAUAUAUUGAUGUUUUGAAAAAUACCAACUGGAAUCUGUUUCAUGUCAGAAGACAGAGCCUAAAAACAAAUUAUCAGUAUUAAUACUGAUAAUUCCUGAUAUGUGAGUCCCUGGGAGCUCAAAAGAGCAGCUGGAAGAGAGGAGUGAGCACUGUAUGCUUAAGCUGCUCUGUACAAAAGCUCUGCAGACAGAUACCUGGGAAGCCUUGGGAAUCCAGCUUGGAAAUGCUUACACAAAACCACUACCAAAAAUAGUCACUUCAGACAAAACAGCAGUUUGUUCAGAUUGAUCUGAACGCAGUAACCAGCAAGUCCUGAGUACCACUACCCAGGAGACAGCCCUGGAGAUCUCCUAGUUGUCUGAAUACAGUCUGCCAUUGCAGGACAGCUUCUGUACACGUUUCCGCAGCGACCUGACCCCGGACAGGAUGUGCUCCUGAGAGUGCUGCUGCUUUCCAGUACUCUCUCCUUUCUGUACUUGUCCUUAGCUGAUGAUCUCUUCAGGUGUCUACACUGAUUUGUUCCUACUGCUUGUGUCAGGUAAUACCUGAACAGAGAUGAAAGAAUCACAGCCUGCCCUGGAUUUAUCUUUGGAGGAAGCACUGUUUUUGGGAUGCAGGGGAUAGUGGUGUAAGACUUUCUCCUUUAGCACAAACUUGGGCAGCAGCCCUGUCACCAGAAAAAACAGUCCUACAGAAAGGUUGCUUCAGUGCUUACACAUGCAAUGGUGUUUAAGUGAACCAUACAUUUAUGUAUGUGUAUAUAUUUGUAUAGGCAGAAGACAAAGCGCACUGAGACCUUCCACUGGAGACUAGCAUGCUCCCUCUAAUGCUUUGUGGUCAACAUGGUUUUAAAAAAGAGAAGAAAUGGAAAGGCCAAUGAAAAAACGUGGUUAAUUGGAUGUGAAAGGUGCUGUCCUUGUUUGGACUGUCUGUUAAUGGUAUGACAAGCUCUGGUAAAGAGCUUAGCUGGUCAGAUUAAAAUUAAAAAAUUGUGUCAGUCCAUCUGCUACCUCCCAGGAGUUCACUUCAAUCACCUUUUCUUGUUUCUUCACUGAAGUGGAAUACUGUCUUUGAAAAGAACAUUCCCAGGAUGUCUUGGUUGACUUGUUUUACCUAAUGUUUUCUCCGAAGAUAAUGAUAUGUGACGUCAAGACGUUUUCAAGAAGGGCAAUGCUCUUGUUUGGUUCAACACUACCUUAAAGGCAACAGCUCUUUUGCUAAAAGGGAUUUUUUUUUUUUUUGCUUUUUUAUUUAUUUUUUUUAUACACAAAUAAGUAUGUUUGGCUUAAUUUGGAAAAUCUUUCUUUGCCUUCCGGGAAUGAUUAACGCCGAUCUUCAGGUAGUUGCAGCAGAAGUUUAUUCAGCUACAGGAGGAGGACAGGCUAAAGGUGUUUCACCAACCCCUCAGCUCAGUGGCUGGCAGUUGGCAAACCCUUCUCUACCUCCUGAGUUGAAAAAGCCCAAUGGCAUCAUGGAGGCUGAACAGUUCAACAGGCAUUUGCUGUUACGAAGGAAGCGAUCCAUUCUGUUUCCCAGUGGAGUUAAGAUCUGCCCUGAUGAAUCUAUUGAGCAGGCUAUUGCCAACCACCUGAAAUAUUUCAGGCUCAGAGUGUGUCAGGAAACAGUGUGGGAGGUCUUCAAGACGUUCUGGGACAGACUGCCAGAGCGUGAAGAAUAUAAUGCCUGGAUGAGCCUGUGUGAGGAAGGAAUAAUGAGUAUCUUUGAAAUGGGCACAAACUUCAGUCAGUCUGAGGAGCACCGGAGUCUGAUUGUGAAGAAACUGUCCUAUAUAAAGGAAGCAAUGGGCAGCUCCUGCACUGAUUGGGCAUGUGGUGGGACUCCAACUCCAGCUUCAGAUGCUGAUGUUUCCACACUGAGAGAUGCAGCUGCCAAUGUUCCUCCCCCUGAUGAGAUCUCCAUUGAGAGUCCUGCAGGUGGUACCAUCGAGGAGGUAGAUGUUGUAGACACCACUAUCAAUAAUGAGAUAAAGACGCAGGAUGAGAAGCUAGUGAGACCUGUAACUGAGCAGAUGAUUGAGUUCAACAUUUUGAUUGCUGGUGAAAAGUACAGUGAGGAGCUGAAGGACCCAGCUACUGUGGAGCAUCAACUGCUGUCUGAACGAUUCAUUUCUCAGAUUAAAAGUGUAUUUGAAGUACUACCUGGAUACAAAAACAUCCACAUCCUGGAUUACAGCCCUUCCGAGGAAGACAGUGGGGUAGAAGUUCACUAUGCUGUUACAUUUGAUGGAAAAGCCAUCACCAAUGCCACCUGGGACCUGAUUAACCUUCAAUCCAACAAGGUGGAGGACAACUCCUUUAUGGGCAUAGAGGAUAAUCCAACAGUUGUGUACACCAUCAGUGAUUUCCGAGAUUAUAUUGCUGAAAUCCUCCAGAAAAAUGCUUUGCUUGAAAACACUUCCUUGUCUUUAGACCCUAACUCUCUCCAGCUUACUAAUGUGAAAGAAAUACUACACCCCACGUCAGAAGACCCAUCCUGGAUUACUGAGCAUCCAGUUGUGCUGGAGCGCCCGGAGUUCGAUGACAGCACCUUUCUAGCUGAACGUCCCUCAGCAGAUGAAUCGACAGUCAGCAAUGCCUUGCCCUUUGAUUACACCAAACCAGACUCCACUUCAGACAGUGAACAGUCCAGUGACAGUGAAAUCCAGCCAAGACCAGAAUCUGUGGACUCAGAGGCCGGUUUGGCACCUGAAGCUCCACUUUCCUCAGAGGCUGACGACACUUCUUUGCCUGAUGGGCUGAAUUUAGAGGAUGGGAGUCAGACUCCUCAUUUGGUCCCUGCACCAGAGUUAGAGCAUGAUUCUGAGGACUCUCUGGAAUGGUUUUCACCCCCCAGUUCUUUAGAUGUUGAAGAUACUGGACUAUCUGAAGAUCUUUUGCCUUCAAGUCCCUCUCACCUUGUGCCUGAAGAAUUUCCGUCUACAGAUGAUUAUGCAGUUCCUCUGCUUCCUGCACCAACAGUGGCCUCUUCGUCAGUCAUAGAGACUGAUGUUAAAGAAAUAGUAUCUGCUGAGAAGGAAGAAGAAACUCAAGGUAGUCCUGAGGGCAGUGACAGUGCAGACUCUGUGGAAGAAAUUCCUUUUCCCUUAGAAGUACCCCCUAUGGAAGAUGAAACUGAUAUGUUUCUUGGAGAUAGAGUUAUAUAUGAUGAUGGGUCUGGUUCAGCUUUUGAUGGUUCAGGAAAAGAAAUGGAAUCAAGUAUCUGGCCUUGGGAAGAAGCAACAUUGGAACCAGUUUUUUACCCUGGUCCUGAUAGCUGGCUUGAAGAUGACAAUGAGUCUUUGUUAAUCAAAACUGAGGAUAUUCCUGAAGGCAUGAUCUUAGACUAUAUUCUCAACUCCGAGAAUAAAUUAGAUUAUGAUCCUUCCAAAGAUGAGAAUGAACAUAUAGUCAAUAUAAAAGAUUUCCUUGAUGAGUCUGAAAUAUUUGUCUUUCCAGAGACUACAACUCCGCCAGUACCUCUGUUACAGACAGAAGAGCCAUCAUCUGUGGAACCAUCUACACAGGCAGAAACACUGGGCAUGUAUGAUUCUUCUUUUGUUAAACCGUCCUUGGUUUUGGAGCCUUCGGUGGAUCAUUCCGCUGUAGACAUGCCAACUGGAGAGGUGCCUGUCUCACCACAGUACACAGAUCUGUCUGUGGAAGAUCGUCUGCUUACAUCUACAGAGACUGUCAGUAUGGAGCAACCUGAAGAGUCCAGUGUAGAUCAGAACAUAAUUUCUGAAGAAAUUGAACACCAAAAGGAAGACAGGACAAUGGUAGAAGAACUAUACACAGUGAAGCAGUCAGAUGUAAUGGAAGCUGCUACAAUAGGACACUUGGACACAAGCUCUUCAGGAACCAUUCUGCCUGCAGGUCCUUCCAUGGUAAAGCCUGAUGCUUCCACAGAGGAGCAGCAAGCCCUAGAUUCAUCAUUGGCAGGCCAAGACACUACUGGAUCAGCAGUGAAGAGACCAGCUGAUGUUUGGCCUACUGACAGAACACUAGAAACCUCCUUAGAUCAGACAGUGCAGUUAGCAACGCCAACUGCCCCUCAAGUUUCAACUGCAGUUCCUUCUGUGAUAGAUCAGACCACUGUCCUGGAGGACUUCGCUGGGCAGGGUGGUACAGACCACGUUUCCAUGAGCUUCAGCACUGCUGUGAAGUAUGAAACAGUGAGAGUAACAACAAGCCCCACUGAGCUUCCAUCCCAUCUCCCUCCUGUGGGAUCCACAACAUCAUUGUCUGUGGCUGCCUCAACAAAGCUGGGAGAUGAAACGACAAGAGCCCUAGAUAUUUCAGUAGACCUGGACCGUGUGAGCACUGUCCACUUUUUUCCUGAGCAGACUGAGGAGGGAAGGAGAAUGACCGAAAGUCACAUGGAGCUAACAACUCGUAUCCAGUCCACAGAGAUGGCCAGUGUGGCUUGGGCCACACAUGAAACUCACUAUAGUAGUACUGUCCCGUCCCGAGCUCUAGUUGUGUUUUUCAGUCUUCGGGUUACCAACAUGAUGUUUUCAGAGGACCUCUUUAAUAAAAACUCCCCUGAAUACAAAGCAUUGGAACAGCGGUUCUUGGAACUGCUGGUGCCCUACCUUCAGUCAAAUCUGACGGGAUUCCAGAAUCUGGAAAUCCUGAACUUCAGAAAUGGCAGCAUUGUGGUGAACAGCCGAAUGAAAUUUGCCAAACCUGUGCCUCGGAAUGUCACCAAUGCUGUGUACUUGAUCCUGGAAGACUUCUGCAACACUGCAUAUCACACCAUGAACCUGGCCAUUGAUAAAUACUCCCUGGAUGUGGAAUCGGGUGAGCAAGCAGAUCCCUGCAAGUUCCAGGCCUGCAAUGAAUUCUCCGAGUGCUUAGUAAAUCGCUGGAGUGGAGAAGCUGAGUGUGUCUGCAACCCUGGCUACCUGAGCAUUGACGGGCUGCCGUGCAACAGCAUUUGUGAUCUGCAACCAAACUUCUGCCUGAAUGAUGGGAAGUGUGACAUAAGCCCUGGGCAAGGGGCCAUCUGUAGGUGUCGUGUGGGAGAGAACUGGUGGUACAGGGGGGAGCACUGUGAAGAAUAUGUGUCUGAGCCGCUGGUUGUGGGUAUUGCAAUUGCUUCUGUGGCAGGAUUUCUUCUUGUGGCAUCUGCUGUCAUCUUCUUCUUGGCCAGGACCCUUCGAGACCAGUAUACAAAGAGUGACAGCGGUGACUCACAGGGGCAGGGUGACAGCCUCUCGUCCAUUGAGAAUGCAGUUAAAUACAACCCCAUGUAUGAAAGUGAUACGACUGGCUACAGCCAUUAUUACCGGAGAUAUCCUCAGCUAACGUCCUACAGUUCCACCAGUGCAGAGACAUCCACAGACUACAGCAGUGAAGAGAUCAGGCACAUUUAUGAAAACAGUGAGCUUACUAAGGAGGAGAUUCAGGACAGAAUUCGAAUUAUAGAGCUCUACGCUAAAGAUCGUCAGUUUGCAGAGUUUGUUAGGCAGCAUCAAAUGAAGCUGCUUUAAGAAAAAAAGAAAUUGAUAGAAUACACAUGGGAGAUAAAGACUACCUUGUUGCCACAGCAACGGGCUCAGAUGUAACUGCAAAGUUACUUAUAGUCUUAACAUUGCAUGGAUGGAUACAGAUGUUUUCUAAAUGAAUGACUAAAAUGUACAGAUGUCUGUUUAUCUCAAUUACUUCUGGCUUUUCUGUGUAAAGUGACAUUUUUGAGUGGCGAUCAGAAGUGGCAGAGGUUAUGAAAGUUCAUUUUUAUUUAACUCCAAAAUGGACAGUGAAAGUUUUGUACACAAAGGCAAAAAAAUCUCCUCGGGCAAGAGAAGAUACAUGCACAACCAAAAUAAAAUGCUCAUUGAAAAUCCCUGUCUGGCAUUUAUCCCCUCACUGGAGGCUCCAGUAGUGAUUUCAUGGGUACAAAACACCAGUGGAAAGAAGGGAAGGAGGGAAGGAGUUGUAGGGGAGAACUAUUGUGCUAGAAUUAUGUUAGCAUUAUUUUAAAAUAUUCCCGUUAUCGACACAAACAUAACUUCACUGGAAAAACCUUCCUUCUGUACAGAUGCCCAAUGUAUGUUUUGCCACCUGGCAUCAGCAAAACAGACAAUAGCACUGAGCCUGCAGGCCUCCUGAAGGCUCUCCCCAGCAAUCAGCAUCCCCACUGCCUGUGACCCCAGGGGAGCCUUGGCAAGGCUGGGCAGCUCUGCUGCAGUGCAGUACAGUGUCUUUAAAGCCAGGAUGGUUGGUUCUCCAGCUGUUUCUGGCAGACACAUCAACUGAGGCACUGAAGGGCUGCUAUCAUACAAAUGUUCUGUGAGGCUUAAGUGACUAACAUUGACUUUUUUUGUAUGUGGAUAAUUGGUUUCAUAUUUUGUAAGUUGAUAUGCAUUAUUUAUUUGUUGUGUGUUUCCUUAUCAGCUUAUUUUCAUCAUGGAUUUAAUCACUGAAAUAGAAAGAUGGCUAGUUUUAAUGAUGAAAUGCUACAGUGGCAUUCGUGCCCAUCCUUUUAUAUAUAUUAUAUUUAGUGUUUACUUAGUUUUGAAUUGAGCCAACUAAUACUUGUAUUUUCUUUACUGAACUGGGCAAUAGCCUUCCAUGAGCUCCCUUUCAAAUCAGGCUGUAGUAUUUAAGUGCAUCCAUAUUUAGUAGGUUGCAGCACUUUUCUGUGGGGAAGGGGAAAAGUGAGAUUAUUCUUAGUUUAGUGGAAAUCAGCAUGGAAUUCCUUAAACAGAAGAAGUCGGCCUGAAACAUUUUAAAAUAACUUGAGAUUUACAGAAACAAGAACUUUAUCUUCAAGUUAUGAAGAGAGUUCUGACUACAUGUUAAGGUGUGUUGGGGCUCUGUUCAGUCACUCAGUGACUCUCGUUUAAGGCAUUAACACAGCUGUCAGGGUUAGGGCACAAUUAUGAUCAUGUUAGCUUAUGCAAGCAAAAAAGGCCAAGUUAUUUAUAUCUAUGAUGUCUCUAGUUCUCGGCCCACAUGUGCCAACAGCUACCUGAUACUUUUUAGUAUCUUUAGUACUUUUACUAGUAGUGAGAAAUACUUAAUAAUUGUCUGUAGGCAGCUUAGCUAAAUAACUGAAUACUUCAGUGCAAUUCUUCUAUGUGUCCCAGAGAACCUCACUGGAUCACUGGUGUAGUACCUUCUUGCCUUGAGUGGCAGGGGAUGGGUAUCAGAGCCACACAUUUGUCUAAGAAAUGCUUAUAGAAACCACUGUAAGCCAAAAUAAUGCCAGACAGCAGUAAGUAAUACGGUGCUGCUCAACACUUUCGUGACCAGGUGUUAUGAGACAGAGGCCCCAUUCUACUGGGUGGCCCAAGGGCUGUCAGAGCAGCUGGUCCAGAGUUUCUGAGGCACAGCCCACUCCUCCUGGCCCUGCAGCAGAAUGGCUGAGCCAUCCUGUAACACCAGGGCCUGUGACCAUAGCAGAGAACUACUGGGCUCAGGGUAGGCAUCAGCUUGUGACUCGUUUCUGUGCAGCUCAGCUGCCAGCCCUGGGAGCUUCAGUGCUGCUCCUGCUAAGUGCAGCAGUGGAUGGCAGCUGGGAUCAGGCAUGUUUUAAAGGUAUUUUUAGUAUUUUCUAUGCACAAGCUGAGAAGAGGCUUGGUUACACUGAGUAUGAGGUAUUUCAGUGUAUAUACAGUGAUAUUUUCUUUGUGUGUGUGUGUAUACAUAUGGACAUGACGGUAUCUUUUCACAACAAUAAAAAACUAUUUCCAAAAUA